AUGGGAGGUGAAGCGUGCGUGACUCCAACAUGUGGACAAAGCGGCUCGCUCGUAUGCCCGACGUGCAAAAAGUUGGGCAUUCCACCAGUCAUGAGCUCUUUCUGCUCACAGCAGUGCUUUAAAGGCUACUGGUCUUCGCACAAGGCGCUGCACAGGAUGUUUACGCAAGCGCUGGUAGAAGAACAGGCACUGGCCAAGCACAUGACGCCUUUUGAUGGUUUUGAGUUUACUGGUAAGCUACGUCCCGGUGUAGUGUCGGAGAAGAGGGAAGUACCAGAGCAUAUUCAACGUCCUGACUACGCAGAGACUGGUAUCCCUAUCUCAGAGCAGCAAGCUAGCAAAAGUAUCCCUAUCUACACAUCUGAGCAAAUCGCAGGUAUCCGUGAGGCCUGUCGUCUUGGCCGGGAGGUUCUUGACAUUGCAGGUAAAGCGCUGCGUCCUGGGGUCACGGGAGACGAGAUUGACAAAAUUGUGCACUUGGCCUGCAUCGAGCGUGGCUGCUAUCCGUCACCACUGAACUAUCAUCAUUUUCCCAAGUCAGUCUGCAUUUCAGUAAACGAGGUCAUUUGUCAUGGUAUUCCAGACUCUCGUGCUUUUGAAGACGGAGACAUUGUUAAUCUUGAUGUGACUGUGUACAAGAACGGGUAUCACGGAGAUCUGAACGACACCUUCUUGGUAGGCAAUGUAGACGAGGAUGGCGUGCGAUUGGUGAAGACGGCAUUUGAAAGUUUGGCGGUAGCAGCUAAAUUAGUUCGACCGGGCACAAUGUUUCGUGAACUGGGCAAACACAUUGCUGCGGUUGCUAACGCACAGGACUUUUCGGUCGUCAAGACAUAUUGUGGUCAUGGAAUUGGGUCGUUAUUCCACUGUCCUCCAAACGUCCCUCACUACGCGAAGAAUAAGGCUGUUGGUAUCAUGAAGCCUGGCAUGAUUUUUACUAUUGAACCGAUGAUAAAUAUGGGUUCAUGGCGUGACAAGACGUGGCCCGAUGAAUGGACGGCCGUGACGCAAGAUGGUAUGCGUUCCGCACAAUUUGAGCAUACGUUCCUUGUGACAGAUACAGGCUAUGAGAUUCUGACUGCGCGUGAGAAUGAGCCAGUAAUGGAGUGGGAUUUUGCCAAGGUGCACCGACUGUAA